UGACAUUCUCAUUUUUUGCUUCUGUCGCCAUAUUAUCCGCCAUUACAUUUUGGAGUUUGCGUAAAUUAGUCGUUUGACGACUGUGUUCUAUAGCCACAGUGCAAUCAGUGACAGUUGAAACUUGGUUGAAACGUGUACUUGCGUCAUAUCGCAGAUUUUUAUUAGAACAAAGAGUAGAGACGUUCAAUCGUAUGUCCAUCCAGAAUCUCAACACAUUCGACCCAUUCGCCGAUGCUAUCAAAAGCUCGGAAGACGACGUACAAGAUGGACUAGUCCACGUCCGAAUUCAGCAGCGGAACGGGCGUAAGACGCUGACUACAAUUCAAGGCCUCUCGUCGGAAUAUGACUUGAAAAAGAUCGUGCGGGCAUGCAAGAAGGAGUUCGCGUGCAACGGAACCGUCGUGGAGCACCCGGAGUACGGCGAGGUGCUGCAGCUGCAGGGCGACCAGCGCGAGAACAUUUGUCAGUGGCUCACUAAGUCGGGACUGGUGAAACCCGAGCAACUCAAAGUGCACGGUUUCUAGGCCGCCUCAUACACCCGACACGUAACAUGUCCAUCGUCGUGACAUCAUAGUUUUUUAAUAUCAUGAGAGCGUGCGCGUUAUAAACCUAUCGAAUAAUAAUUAUGUAUUUAGAAAGCACCGACGUUUACAGAGAGCAGAGAACCGAGGCCACCUGGCCCCCGCGCCCCGUGCCUUGCUGUCUCCCAUCAUUGUAAUUACUAUAUUAGUGUAUUUUUAAUAAACUACGCCGUCUCCUCCAUCUCGGACAGCUUCAGUUGCUAUAAACGCGAAACGAAAUAGUCAAUAAUCACUUUGUUUUUGUACGACAUACAAAUUGCUGUAAUUUUAUUAUAAAUAUGAUGUCUCAAUUAUUAAAAAACAUGUUUUUGUA